AUGAAUGUGAGAGAGUUUUUCUACCGGGUGAUGGAGACAAAUACGACCCUGGGACAGAAAUUGCGCGCUCUCUCGAAAAAGAUCAAGGGAUUCCUGCCAUCUGCGUUUCGCUCUCCCUCACCUCUGUCCUCUCUAAAGCGAUUCAGCAUGGCAUCUGGAGAAGGGAAGGAAGAUGAGAAAAACUUGUCUGAGCGCUUCAAACCUCAGGACCCGUUCCUAGCCAAGCUUCGUGAGACCCUCGUGACGAGCGAGGCCUCAAGUCCAAGUGUGCAUGAGGCGCAACAGGAAGAAGCUCGUCGUUCUCAAAAGGGUCUAGCAGCAUCCGACCAAGGAACGAAAAUGAAUCUGAGAAAUGUUAAGGGCUGA